CCUAGGAAAACCUAAACCCUAGAUCCCACUGCCGCCGCCGCCCUCCCUGCACGUUUGCUCGGGCUGCUCCGCUGCUGCUCCUUGGCUGUUGGCUCGCACCGGGAAGACGAAGAGAGGAAAAGAAAACCCAGCAUGGACCAAAUGGAAGUGGAUCAGCCACAACCACACCAUCAAAGUGAGAAACAAAUAUUCCAUAGAUGCGUGACAGAUAAAACCAGAGACUUUCGUGCUAAAAGCUAUGGUACUCUUAUUCAGCCCUAUGAGUUUAGUUGUUCUCAAAAUGGAGUACUUGGAGAAAAACAUGGUUUUAUACAUUAUUCAAAUAAAGCAAUAGCUUUUGCUGGGAAUCCGGAAGAAGGAUUUCAUUCAACAGAAGUGCAGAAACUAGCAGCUACUUUCUUAGUUGAGAAUGAAUUGCCCUUUAAUCAGCUAGACUCAAUUGGGCUGAACCCAGAAAUUGAUAUAGGGAUUGUUAAGACCCAUGGUGUCGCCUAUAAUAGGGAGAUUGCAAGAACUGUGACAGCUUAUGCUCACAUCCCCCAAAGUGUAGACUCCUGGUUAAAUUCAUUAAGUAUUCAAGGUUCCGUUGACGUUCCCACAAUUUUAAAAGAUAGUAUUAGGGAUUUGUAUGACCUACUUGAGAGGUUAUGGGACAAAAACAUGACAGUAGAUGAUGUGCACCUUAGUGGAACUUAUGGUCUCAAUGGCGACAUGAUGCAAAUUAAGCCAUCCCAUGUUCGUGUAAGGAAUCUUGGUGAUGCUAGGCGGCCUUCGCAAGGUUUGGCAGACAUGAUAUUCCACAAUAUUCUGAACCGCUGGACAAAUGAUGUUGAACUAAGUCACUUUCAUCAAUUCCUCCUUAAUACAAAUAUAUGCAAAGAAGAUGUCCUCAAUCAUCCAUUCCUAGGAGGCUCCGGUGCUAGGGAGGGCAUGUACAAGGAAUUGUUUAGAAGAAAUUUUACCCAACGUCAAAAAGAUUGGUUGCAGAACAACAUUAACACACAAGGGUGGCAAGUCCGAGUUGAUCCUGCUGAUCCAAAUACAGAUUUUGGUUUUAGAGAGAUUAUGAUUUUUCAGAAAAUUAAUAAGUGGGCCCAAGCGUUUGAGCCAAAUACUUGGGGUGCCUUACACUUUGCAAAAAUAGCCGUAUCCCAUUAUCACGAGCAUGAUCCUGUCGGGCGUCCCCAGCUUGAUGCUAAGCUCAAGGAUCUUCUACCUGGACUACUUGUUGGAGUAUAUGGUGCAACGUUUAAUCCGGACUUUGUAAAAGGUCCCGGAUGAUCUACCUGGCCUUCCUUCGCCUAACUGGAGUGUAUGGUGCCAAACCACUUUCAAGGUCUCGGCUAGUUGACUACUUAUUAUCUAAACUUUAGGGCUACUUAUCCAACUUGUACGCAUGUGAGCUUGUGAGCCACUGUGGCACUAUUGACUUGGAACACAUUUGUUGUUGUGUGCUUGCUUUGUUC